AUGACAGCUACUCAUGGUUUUAUAAGUGAUUUGGAGGGCCGAAGCAUUGGCACUCACCAGUCCAUUAACAUAAUGCAUUCCUCACUAGUGAACAGCAAUGGCGAGCGACCAUAUAUUUGUGAUGAGUGCAAUAAAUCAUUCAGUCAAAGAAGCCACCUGAAGAUUCAUCAACGCAUUCACAGUGGCGAGCGACCAUAUAUUUGUGAUGAGUGCAAUAAAUCAUUCACUCAAAGAAGCCACCUGAAGAUUCAUCAAUGCAUUCACAGUGGUGAGAGACCAUAUACUUGUGAUGAGUGCAAUAAAUCAUUCACUCAAAGAAGCCACCUGAAGAUUCAUCAAUGCAUUCACAGUGGUGAGAGACCAUAUACUUGUGAUGAGUGCAAUAAAUCAUUCACUCAAAGAAGCCACCUGAAGAUUCAUCAAUGCAUUCACAGUGGUGAGAGACCAUAUACUUGUGAUGAGUGCAAUAAAUCAUUCACUCAAAGAAGCCACCUGAAGAUUCAUCAAUGCAUUCACAGUGGUGAGAGACCAUAUACUUGUGAUGAGUGCAAUAAAUCAUUCACUCAAAGAAGCCACCUGAAGAUUCAUCAAUGCAUUCACAGUGGUGAGAGACCAUAUACUUGUGAUGAGUGCAAUAAAUCAUUCACUCAAAGAAGCCACCUGAAGAUUCAUCAAUGCAUUCACAGUGGUGAGAGACCAUAUACUUGUGAUGAGUGCAAUAAAUCAUUCACUCAAAGAAGCCACCUGAAGAUUCAUCAAUGCAUUCACAGUGGUGAGAGACCAUAUACUUGUGAUGAGUGCAAUAAAUCAUUCACUCAAAGAAGCCACCUGAAGAUUCAUCAAUGCAUUCACAGUGGUGAGAGACCAUAUACUUGUGAUGAGUGCAAUAAAUCAUUCACUCAAAGAAGCCACCUGAAGAUUCAUCAAUGCAUUCACAGUGGUGAGAGACCAUAUACUUGUGAUGAGUGCAAUAAAUCAUUCACUCAAAGAAGCCACCUGAAGAUUCAUCAAUGCAUUCACAGUGGUGAGAGACCAUAUACUUGUGAUGAGUGCAAUAAAUCAUUCACUCAAAGAAGCCACCUGAAGAUUCAUCAAUGCAUUCACAGUGGUGAGAGACCAUAUACUUGUGAUGAGUGCAAUAAAUCAUUCACUCAAAGAAGCCACCUGAAGAUUCAUCAAUGCAUUCACAGUGGUGAGAGACCAUAUACUUGUGAUGAGUGCAAUAAAUCAUUCACUCAAAGAAGCCACCUGAAGAUUCAUCAAUGCAUUCACAGUGGUGAGAGACCAUAUACUUGUGAUGAGUGCAAUAAAUCAUUCACUCAAAGAAGCCACCUGAAGAUUCAUCAAUGCAUUCACAGUGGUGAGAGACCAUAUACUUGUGAUGAGUGCAAUAAAUCAUUCACUCAAAGAAGCCACCUGAAGAUUCAUCAAUGCAUUCACAGUGGUGAGAGACCAUAUACUUGUGAUGAGUGCAAUAAAUCAUUCACUCAAAGAAGCCACCUGAAGAUUCAUCAAUGCAUUCACAGUGGUGAGAGACCAUAUACUUGUGAUGAGUGCAAUAAAUCAUUCACUCAAAGAAGCCACCUGAAGAUUCAUCAAUGCAUUCACAGUGGUGAGAGACCAUAUACUUGUGAUGAGUGCAAUAAAUCAUUCACUCAAAGAAGCCACCUGAAGAUUCAUCAAUGCAUUCACAGUGGUGAGAGACCAUAUACUUGUGAUGAGUGCAAUAAAUCAUUCACUCAAAGAAGCCACCUGAAGAUUCAUCAAUGCAUUCACAGUGGUGAGAGACCAUAUACUUGUGAUGAGUGCAAUAAAUCAUUCACUCAAAGAAGCCACCUGAAGAUUCAUCAAUGCAUUCACAGUGGUGAGAGACCAUAUACUUGUGAUGAGUGCAAUAAAUCAUUCACUCAAAGAAGCCACCUGAACAUUCAUUAACGCAUUCACAGUGGCGAGCGACCAUAUAUUUGUGAUGAGUGUAAUAAAUCAUUCACUCAAAGAAGCCACCUGAAGAUUCAUCAAUGCAUUCACAGUGGCGAGAGACCAUAUACUUGUGAUGAGUGCAAUAAAUCAUUCAGUCAAAGAAGCCACCUGAAGAUUCAUCAACGCAUUCACGUUGUGGAUCACGAGUGGGUCCUGCCGUCCUUAGUUGAUGUUCGUGAUUGCACCACUGUCGAUGGAGGUCUCGACCUUGACCAGCCAGCAGUAGUGGGUUCAAAGCCAGAGCAGAACAUCCAGUUGUUCAGGGUCAUAAGUAUCACCCUGCCUUCCCCUUAA